CUCCCUGUUCGUACAGACCGAGACGUCUUGGGUCUUGAACCUGACGUCCAUGUUCUGCAUUCUUCGGCGAAAUGAGCCAAGUUCUCACCAUGGACACGGAAAAACAACGCCAAGCAGUUUUGUCUGACUCGCUAGAAUUCCUGGACAGACAAUCCUCUCUCCAGAUCAAACAGUCGAGACAGUCAAAUGAAAGACUCAUCCAAGAUUACAGGAACAACAACAACUGCAACGUGGCCCAGAAGCAGUGGUCCCACGGACAGGCCAGUCAACCCAGUGACGUUAACAGAGAUAGAGACUCUGGGAUUGGCACACAGCCAAAUCGUGUCCUACAGGCCCUGUGCACAGCUGCUGUGGAAAGACCAAACGACCCGGAAAACUCGGUCAUCGGCGCGUUUCAAGGCCAGGUAGUAGAUGGCCAGUCCAUAUCUGACGGUACCGCGGGGCGGUCUCUCCGCAGCCACUGGACAAACGACUGGGUCGUCCAGACAAGCGACAUCAACACAGAGCCUGUUCCCACCGGACGUCUGCAGCCGACACGUAUAGAGCUACUGUCCCCGCCACUGACGGGGGAGCGACUGAGUCACAGCAGUGACCCUAACACCAGCCUGAGUAGUGAAUCAGCCGGCCCAGUCAUGUCAGGAGCGUCCAGCGCUUUUGGAGGGAUGGGAUCCUACACCGAGCAUGACAGAGGUCAGUCUCUAUCGAUAAACACCGAUCCAAAGCGGUCCCUUCGACGCCAAUGGACGGCCGACUGGGUAGGACAGCGCAUGCCGGGCGACCCAAGCGAAGACGACAUGUUUCUUUCCUCUGCAAGUUUGCCGCCGAUACGCAUACAAGGACAAUUCCGCCCAGUUAGUCGUCAGAGGAGUGACGCAAGUGUCGGUCACAGAAGUCUGCCAUCGACACGGGGACAGAGGCAACUCGGACAAGUCAGUCGUCAGAGGAGUGACCCAGGAGUCGACAAGAGAAGUCUGCCGACACGCACACAGGAACAACUCCGGCCAGUCAGUCGUCAGAGGAGCGACCCGGGCGUCCGUCGGAGAAGUAGCUCGGAGGGCUCCUACGAUCCGCCCAUGACCGUGGCCUCCUGGCUUCAGCACCACGCCUGGUCCAGCAGGUACAGCCACAGACAGGCGCUCUGGCGAUACCCCUCGUACCCUCAAGGCUACUCUGAUGAAGCCACACACUGGAGGCCGAGAGAACACAACCGAGCCAGUUGA